GAGAAGCCCGGGCAUCCCGCGUGCUGCCCAGGUUUGCAAAUGGUUGCAACGAGUGUGGGGGAUGCGGGAUCCUGUUGCAAUCCAUUAGGAGCAGCGGCAGCCAGAGCAAACUUUGAGCCGGGCGUUUCCUGCCGGCUGGUAGAGCUGUCCAGAAGGAUGGGACCCCCUGCCCACCGCCAGAAAGCAGCGAAAAGCAGCAAAGAGCAGAAGAGACGACGUGGCUCACCUGCUUCUAAGCUCAGGAAGGGAGACCCCGAGGAGAUCAAAGGAGGAAGCACUCUCAAAUUGGAGCCGGCGGUGGCGGACUAUUUCCACCAGGCUCACGAUACCUUCAAGUCUGGCUUUGCCUCCGAUGAGGAAAAAAGUCUGUUUGUGAGCAACGUCCUGACGGAGGCCAUGGGGGUGGCGUUACCGCUGGCCCUGGAUCCCUCGGGGUCACUGCUCCUCCAGGCGCUGCUGCCGUCUGCCUCGGGGGCCCGCUUGGAGCCUCUACUCCGGGCCCUACUCCCCUCACUGUGCCCGGUCGCCUGCCACCCCUGCGGGGCCCAUGUCUUGGAAGGGGCCCUGUGGAGGACCCUGCUGCUGAUCUUGGAAGGAGGCGAGGAGGCCCAGGCGCUGGAGGAGCUCCUCCUGGAUGUGGGGAAGAGCCUCCGGGAGGAGCUGGCGACGUUCGCAUUGGACGCCCACGCCAGCUUUGUGGUGCGGACUCUUCUGCAGGUGCUGGGAGGGGCCCGUGUCGGGUCAGACGGGGGACGGGGGCUCCCGGGCUCAGGGCCUCUUCGUCCCCAGGCCAAGAGUUCGAAGGUGGGGAAUGAAGGACCAGCCGUGUUCGAGGUCCCUGCCAGUUUCCUUUCCCUCCUGCGGGAAUUCAAAGGCUGCUUCCAGGAACAAAUUGCAGAUUUCAUCACCAACAAAUAUUUCAGCCUCUGCCUGCAGGUGGCGCUGGAGAUCCUCCACAGAAAACUGCCUGAAGAAUGUGCUGAGCUCUGCCGGUCUGUGAUUGGCUACCUAAGCAGCUGUAACCCGGCUGCUCAGCAAAGCAACCUCCUGGUGUUUCUGAAGGACGCGACCUGCAGCCGAGUUCUGGACAAAGUCCUGGAAGUGUCGGAGGUGAAGGCACUGCGCUCGUUCUACAAGGCUCACGUGAAGGGGCAGCUCCGCGUCUUGUCAGCUCACAAAGUGGCCAACUUCACUUUGCAACGGCUCAUCCAGGCUGCCUCACGUAAACUGCUGGGGCAGCUUUUUCAGGAGCUGAGCCCUGGCUUGGAAGAAAUCCUGGCGCUGGAGCAUCUCGGCAUUAUCACGGCGCUCCUAGGCGCCUGCCGGAACCGUGGCGCCCACCAGCAGGAGGUGUUGCAGCUUCUCUUGGAGGCCUUCCACUGUUGGGAGCCCCCCACCCGCCAGUUGGCCUGCGCCCCCCUGCUCGCCUCCGUCCUGGCGUACGAGGUCUACUUCGGGGAGGAGAAGGAGCAGGAAGGUGCGACGCCGCCGGCCCUGAGCGCCGUCUCCUACCACGGCUCCCUGAUGCUGCAGCAUCUCCUGCACUUCGCAGACCCUUCCCUCGUGCUGGGCAGCUUGGCUGCCAUGCCGCCCGCGGAUCUGGUAACGUUGGCUUGCGACCCCUCCGGGAGCCACGUCUUCGAUGCCCUCAUGGCCAGCUCUUCCGUCUCUGAAAAGCCCAGGCGGAAAGUGUUGCGCCAGCUCAAGGGCCACUUCCUGCCUCUCGCCUGCUCCAAGCAUGGGAGCCGGGUGCUGGAUGCCAUCUGGAGCAGAGCCAGCCUGCCAGCCAGACGGGAGCUGGCUCAGGAGCUGGCGGAGCACGAGCCCCAGCUACGACACGACCCCUUCGGCCACCACCUCGUCCGCAACUUCGCCUUGACCCAUUUCCUCAAACGCCGCCGGGAUUGGGAUAGCCACCAGCAAGCGGAGAAGAAGCGGAGGGCUCUCUUUGCUGAGAUCUUGGAGGAUUGACCUGGGGUUGGUUGGACAAAGAUGGGGUUUUUAAAUUUAUUUUUUGGCUGACCGAUGGGAUCAAGAGGACUAGCUCCUUAAGUGGGCUUUGUGUUACACCCCUCCCUGCCCGAAUCUGCCCAGAAAAGCUUCUCUCCUUCACCCUCAGGAAUGUGGAUAGGAUAGGAAUCGUUCCUACCGCUCUCGGAUAGCUUGUGAUGGGAACUGUAGU